ACCUUUUCUCUUAAAUAUAGCAUCUUUGAGCAUAAUUUUGUUCUUUUGAUUAUGUUUGUUUGUUGUGUGUUCGGGUUUUGAGAAUUUCUUUGUUGAAAUUUCUCAAAACCCCCUCUUCUCUUGCAAAAAACGUCAUCGAAUAACACGAAAAAUGUUGGCUUUUACCUGCAUAUGCACGUGUAAUAUGAUUGAGGGCUUGCUCAAGAUAGCCUGAAGAAAAACAAAGAAAGAAAAUGUCCGAAACAUCAAAUGUUCGUUUAGUUCGUUGUCCGAAAUGUGAGAAUUUGCUGCCGGAGGUCACCGAUUACUCUGUUUACCUCUGUGGUGGUUGUGGUGCUGUGCUAGAAGCCAAGAACAAGGGCGUUGACUUGGAUGCAUUCUCAGAAAAACCUGAUGAGCAAAGAAAUGAAGGUCCCAAAGAGUGUAAACUUUCUGAUAGACAUGAAAAGGUGAAGAAAAAUUCGGAGAAAAUGAUGGAAACAAGCGACAGUUCGGAAAGUGACGUCAGGUCAGCCAUUAGUUCCUCAAGCCGAGCCGAGAGGAGAACGAUUUUUCAUAACCGAGGCGAAAGUAGAAGAACUAUAGUGCCAAGAAAAGAUGGGAAAAAAAACUUGGAUAUUCUUGAGGGCGAACUAAUCCAAGACGUAAAAAGAUCACACAAUCUCCACCGAGUAAAAGGCUCUCAAGAUUUCGAGGACUUGGAGAUAUAUCAUAAUGAAAAUGUGCAGAGGCUGCUACAUGAACGAAAUGGAGAUAAACAAGAAAUCGAGGGCUAUGACAUGGACGAGCUCUUGAAACAGUUAGACGAGCUAAAAGAUCGUCUAACCAAAUCCGGCAAUUUGGUCAACAAGGGCAAAGAGAAAAUCCGGCUUCAUAUGAAUCAGAUCCCAAUGCAUAACACUUAUCACGAUCAGAAAACUUAUAAAGGGCUGCAUUACCCAAACCAGUGUUCCAUGCCACCUCACCUGAUGCAAAGGCAAGAAUCGGGCAGUGGAGGCUUUUAUCACGUAGCUCCUGUGCCUUACCACGCACCACCGCCAUAUAAUAUGUAUAAGUCAUGGCCAUACCUUCCUAAUUUCAGCCCUCACCACCCAUCUUGCUCAUAUAGUGAUCAAUACUCCAACUUUCCUAAUGCUGGCAGAUUAAAUUCUUCUAGUGUUCAAACGCACGUUAGGUGGGAGAAUUUGGCAUCAGGCGGGAGAAUUUGCCGCCCGAUAGGCUGGGGUGCUCCGUUUUUCACAUGCAGCAAUUGUUUCGAGCUAUUGCUUUUUCCUAAGAAUGUCCGUGUGGAUGGUAAUAACGGCAGAAAGCAGAAAGUGACAUGUGGAUCAUGCUCUGCAGUUGUUGUUUUUACAGUUGCCAACAAUAAGUUAGUUUUUUCGUCCAUGGUUGAGCCUGAGGAUAGUUGUAAUAAUAACGUAAAAGUUGAAAAGUCGGUAGAGACGACUUUCUUGUCGAAUGAUUACGAAAAUUCAAGUUACGAUGGGAGUUCCGUGUCAAAAGACGAAAAUGGGCCCCUGCCUCGUGUAGGCUUGUCUCUUCAGGACCAUUUUGAGUAUUCGAAUAAGUUUCAUAGGGGCAGGCGUUUUGGGGAGGAAAGCAAAAGCAGAUUUCUUGAAACAGACAAAGUGGUUUUAGAAGAGCAGAUUUCGAGGAAAGAGUCAUCGGCAACUGAAAUUGAGUUGUCAUCCAACGAGUACUCAAAUACAGGGACAACUUUUGAUUCGGGUGAAGCAAGUAAUGAAGGAGAUCAUUUGAGAGGGAGUAAUACAGCCAAGAUGUUAUUAGCUGGCAUAGGGGUUAGUGAUUCCAACAGGUCGAAUGAAGAUUUUGAGCAGGAAAAGGCAAAUGUUAUUGUUAACGGGCAUUUGAUACCUGCUCGGCUGAUUAAGAAGGCUGAAAAACUAGCUGGGCCUGUAUACCCUGGGAACUACUGGUAUGACUUUCGAGCCGGAUUUUGGGGUGUCAUGGGAGGUCCUUGUCUUGGCAUAAUUCCUCCAUUUAUUGAAGAAUUCAACCACCCUAUGCCAGAACAUUGUGCUGGUGGAAACACAAAUGUGUUUGUAAACGGUAGAGAACUUAACCAGAAAGAUUUGAAUUUACUUGUGAACAGAGGCCUUCCAAAAGAAAGAGAGCGAUCAUACAUCAUCGAGAUUUCUGGCAGGGUCUUGGAUGAUUAUACUGGCGAAGAGCUCGAAAGCCUUGGCAAACUUGCUCCAUCUGUGGAGAGGAUGAAGCACGGGUUCGGCAUGAAACCCCCAAAGGCAGUUGCAUGACCUUAUGGUAUCCUCAGGACUUGAAGGCUACAACAACUAUCUCCAGUUCCUUUUAUUUCAUUCUGAAACUUUGGAAGAAAGACUUUGCAACUGUACAUGACCAUUACAACUUUUAAGGUUUUUGUCUUUUUUUACGUGUUUGAUUGAUUGGUUCAUUUAUAAAUUGUGCAUCUUGGGCAUGUAAAAAUUAGUUUAUUGUUAUUUC